GCCCAGCCCCCGAGAAGAAGCCAACCCCGGUUGUAGCAGCCAGUGGGCCUCGGCUACUGCCCGCUAGUCCGCGGGUGAUCCGGUCUGCCACAGAUACCAUCAAAGAGACUGCUGAAGGGUCUGAAUCUGAUGACGCACACGCACGUCCUAUAUCCCCACCCCCAGUAGUAGGACAGUUGGGCAACCUGUUCAUGGAUGUGGAAACCCUGCAGAGGCCUAUCAUUGUACCUGCGGAGUUGGAGGGCGAGAAAGUGGAGGAGAGCG